UUUGCACACAGUGUCUAUUACAUAGCCUAUGCAUCAUAUUUCGGGUGAGAGAUGGUAUAUAAGCUUGGGACCAUCACUGAGACCUUCACUGCAGUGAAGCAGAUUCAUCUGAGCGAAUCCACUCUAGUCUAGUCUCUAGAGAUAACCCUAAGUUAAAAAUGGCAUUCGCCGGAAUUCUGAAUGAGGCUGACAUCACUGCAGCCCUUGCUGCUUGCUCAGCUGCCGACUCUUUCAAAUACAAGGACUUCUUUGCUAAGGUCGGCCUGAGCGCCAAGACCCCUGAUGACAUCAAGAAGGCCUUCGCCGUCAUUGACCAGGACAAGAGUGGCUUCAUUGAGGAGGAUGAGCUGAAGCUGUUCCUGCAGAACUUCUCUGGUUCUGCCAGAGCUCUGACCGAUGCUGAGACCAAGGCGUUUCUUGCAGCCGGUGACUCUGAUGGUGACGGCAAGAUCGGAGUUGAUGAGUUCGCUGCCUUGGUCAAGGCCUAAAUUCAUUGACUGACCAACAUCUUACUUUACCACUCUAAAGGAACAACUUGAGCCAAGACAUAAAACUCCUCCUCUCUUCUUCUCCUCUUCCCACACACUCUCUCUCUCUACAACUCUCCACACCACUUUUAUACACUUGACAUUUCACCACAUACUGCUCCCUCUCUCUGGUCGUGCUCACCCCUUCGCUGUCCACAAUGAAUGUACCUGACUUAGUGUAACGCAUGGUUGACUUGUGUCUUUCUCUCUCUCUCACUCACUUCUGUCGUCGUUUUACUAUGUGAGUUUUGCUUACUGUGAGAUCAGUGAUGAUGCACUUUUAUGGGAAACGGACGGACGAUGAGAUAACAAUAAAGGUUCUUUUUCAAUAACACAAGUCUGA